AUGCAGGAGGAGUUCGACGCGCUGCUGGCCAAUCACACAUGGGGUCUUGUACCACAUCCUGCUCGAGCCAAUGUUGUUAAUGGCAAGUGGGACUUCAAGCACAAGUUUCAUGCCGACGAGAUAGUCUACUGUGCUCAGCCUGCUGGCUUUGAGGAUAUCGCCUGUCCUGAUCAUCUCGGCUUUGUGGAAGCCAAGACCGACACUUCCCUGUUUGUGUACCACCGUGGCACCGACAUGGUCUAUCUUCUCCUUUGUGUGGAUGAUAUAGUCCUCAGGGCGUCUUCGACACCUCUUCUUCGUCACACUAUUGAUGCCUUACAGCGGGAGUUUUUGAUGAAGGAUCUUGGUGAAUUUCAUCAUUUUUUGGGUAUGCAUGUUAAGCUGUCUGGUGAUGGCCUUCUUUUGUCUCAGCGCCAGUUUAUGUUGGAGAUUCUGGAGCGUGCUGGUAUGACUGAUUGCAAGUCUUAUUCCACACUAGUUGAUACAAAUCCAAAACUGUCUGCUACCGACGGUGCCCUGCUUGUCAAUGGGACUGAUUUUCGAAGCCUUGCUGGUGCUCUAUGGUAUCUCACCUUCAGUCGUCCCGACAUUGCUUAUGCGGUUCAGCAGGUUUGUUUACGCAUGCACGAUCCUCGUGAACCACAUCUUGCCGCCUUGAAGCGCAUUCUGCAGUAUAUUCGUGGCACUCUUCACUUGGGUUUGCAUCUCUAG